UUUCCGGGUCAGUGGAGAUGGCGGGGGGUGCUGUGAGGAUGGAGGAUCUGGAAGAUGGGGAGCUAUCUGGUUCCAACUCGGAUUCAGAAAUGAGAAUAGCUACAAACGAACGGCUACAGAAACAACAAUCUGCUGCUUCUGCCACCACAGCAUUCCAGAGCAGGAGUGAAGCACCCCCUCGCACUGCUCCCUCUGUCACACAAUACCGCAGUAUGGCAGGCUUAGAUUCCAGUGACAACAGUGACUCAGAUUCCGACGAGGACAAGGUCCUGUGGAAGAGAAAACGCCAGAAAUGUUCCAACCCCCUUCCUGUCAAACCUCCAGUGGCAACAGCCCCACCAGUCGGCCAGAGCCAGCCCGUCAAGAAGGUGAACAACAUCUGGGGGUCAGUGGUACAGGACCAGAACCAGGAGGCUGUGGCUGCAGAGCUUGGAAUUCUGGGAAUGGAGGGCGAGAUCAGCAUGAGCUGUCGGCAGUCCGAGACCUAUAACUAUGUCUUGGCCCGGAAGAUGAUGGAGAAAGAACGGCAGCAGCAGUUUGGGGUGGAAAUGUCCAAGCUGGAUGAAGAAUUGGAAGAGUAUAUGCAGGACAGCAAGAAAGAAGGGAAGGUGGAGGAAGAGAACGGGGCUGGCCAUCUCAAGAGGAAGCGGCCAGCAAAGGAACGUCUGGGCCAGAAAGCAGAAAUGGACUAUAAGGGCCGGUAUGAGAUCACAGAAGACGAUGAAGAAGAAAAAGUCAUAGAUGAGAUUGCUCACAGACUAAGGGAACCUAAAAAAGACCUGCUUGAAAGAGUGGUAAAAAGCAUUGGGAAGAAGAAAGCUAUUGAGUUAUUGAUGGAAACUUCAGAGGUGGAGCAAAGUGGUGGACUCUUGACUAUUGACGGCAGUAGGAGGCGAACACCAGGAGGAGUUUACCUGAACUUGCUGAAAAACACUCCCAGCAUCACAAACAAGAAGAUAAGGGAAAUAUUCCUUGAUGAAAACCGCAAAGAUUACACAAGCAAAAAAGCUGCCAAAAAGCGCAGACGGCAGCUAGUGGGGAAAGAGAUGAAAAAGGUGAUCAAGACACUAAACCUCCAGGAACAUGAUGAUGCUUCACGAGAGACUUUCGCUAGCGACACACACGAGGCCCUGGCUUCUUUAGACGAGUCCCAUGAAGGGCCCACCGAGACAGCACUGGAUCUGGAAGAGGCUUCUGUGAUAUACAAUUCCAAUGAAGUAGAAAGCUUUUAACAAAAGUGGUCUUAGGCUCAUGUUCUCUAGCAAAGGCAUUUUUGGUUAUGAAUUCUCAUUGCAUGCCUGCAGGUUUCAGAAAGGGGGGGGGGGGGUUAAAUGCCAGAGUUUGUGUUUUAAAUCCAGCAAAUUGAUGACUCGGUUAAAGAGGUGGCCCUUUUUUGGCAAUAAGAACAUCCUAAAAUCUAAACAUUAAUGGUAUAAAAGUUGUUAUUAAGUUAAAUAUACCAAGAGGACAUUUUAUAGAGAAAUUGAGUCUACUUUAGCACUACAAAUGAUGAAUAUGUGUGUAUGAUGUUGGAUGAAGAGGUGUCCUUUUUUAUGCUGCUUUGUUUUACCAUCAAACGCUAUUAACUUACAAGUGGCUAAAAUACAGGCUUCUACUGUGCAUUUAAAUAUAAAUCUGAAACCUGACCAGAUUUACUGUAUACAACCUUUGUUCAUGAAUAUGGGAUUUUGAUUUGGUUUCUGAUUUGUUUGACCCUAAUUGACCACCUUGUUUUCAUGAUGUAUUGAGAUUUUGUGUUUUGUUUUGUUUUUUAAAACCAUUGAGCACUUCAUGUAAAUCCUGAGCUUUCUUUUUUUUUUGGUUAAACAAUUUUUUUUUUUGUUGAACAGUUUUUAAUAAAUGUAUGCAAAAUACUUUUGAAGUUGUUUUCUGUUCAGUUGUCUUGAUCCAUGUACUGUAUUGUAUUGGGCUGAACAUAUCCUCUGUGUAGUAAUAAAUACAGGCACAUCCUAAAUCUUUGUGGCGUUUCUGUUAUCAUGAAAACUGAGUUACGUUACAUAACAAAACGUGAUCACAAAGUCAUCUUUGACAGAACCUGAAAAAAGUGAUGGAGAACUAUCUAACUUUAAACUAUGACACCUGAAGUUAUACUUGUGUGAUGUGCCUUAGAUUUAUAACACACAUUUCUUAUGUAGAGUCAGUAUGUGGUGGAUAGUGUAGAUUUUUUUUAUAAACUUUCCUUAUACUUUCGGGUAGUUUCAGGAAACAAAAUGCUUUUAACUAGUGUGUAACAGUAAUUUUGAAUAUUUGAUUGCCUUUUCCUUGCAUAUUUUAUGAGGUUUACAUUUGUCCUCUAUUUCACUGCUUCAAUACUGAAUUUGAUCAAUUUUCUCUGUAGCUGGCUUCCAUCUAAAUGGAAAUUAUACCAAAUAUUAUACCAAAUAUCCCUAAACUGUAAAUUAUACCAAAUGUCCCUCCCCACCUGUUUAUAAUACAGUAAUCUGAUGGGUUUUUUUUGGGGUGGACACCAUUCUUUACCAUUACAUUUUACAAAACAUGGAAACUCUCAACGCACCUGUUAUUUUGUAAUAAUAUGAAGUCAGGUAUUUAUUAAUGGAAGAAUAAUAUGAAUGUUUUCUGCAUUUUCUGAAAGAAGAAAAUGUGUGUUCUUUAAA